UGAUCUGAGCUCUCACUGUGUGAAUGCGAGUCAGCCGGCGAACCAGUCAGCGAGAGAGGGGAAGUGUGUGAGUGCGAGGGUGUGAGGUCCUGAGUCUGUACUUGUGUUUGCUUGUGUUUGUGUGUGUGUGUGUGUGUGUGUGUGUGUGUAUGUAACAGAGAGAGAGAGAGAGAGAGGCAGUUGCACUCUCUGUCGGUGUAGCAGCCAGACAGCCGGUGCAGUGUUUUAAAGUGAACGAUACGCUCCUCUGCCUCUCUUUGGAUUAUACCACUAACGGGGACUCACCCUUUGGACUAUCCCAACGCUUCCUCCUCCUCUUGCCUUUGAAGGGAACACCUGUGUGGUGUGUGUGUGUGUGUGUGUGUGUGAGUGUGUGAGCCAAGACAACGGACUUAGCCCUGGUGAAGUGGAUGACUUCAGUGGAUGAGGGUUUGGCUGGUGGAAAGAGUUGGACUGCUGACCAUGGACUCCCCUCACUAGUGAACGGGGGUGGUGAGGAGGAGCGGGUUUGUCCGGUCAUCAUGUGCACGCGGGCCUAUCCUGACCCCGUCCCUGAGUGUCAGCUGUUCCCAGGAGAGGUGGAGGAGCCUGAGGAGGAGGUGGCAGACGAAGGCAGGGAGAGGGAAUCAGACAGAGACAGUGCUGUGGAAAGCACCCAAGGGUCAGACACCUCAGACGGGCUGAUUAGACCGGGGGACAAGGAAGACGCACUGGGGGAUCUCUUUUUCCCCGGGGAGAAGUGUGGUCACACCAGUAUCUCAGUGACCUCUGACCUAUCGACACGUUCUUCGGCUUCUCUGAACGAGGAGCAGUUUGAGGACUACGGAGAAGGGGAGGAACCAGACUACACUCCCAGCAGCCCCUGCCCAGACGACGAGACUCGUACCAACGGAUACUCUGACCUCGGCUCAUCUGUUCCGUCAAGUGCAGGCCAAACUCCUCGUAAGGUGCGUCAGCAUUACACUGGUGAACUGAUGGAUGUCUACUGUUCUCAGUGCAGCAGAAAGGUCAACCUGCUAAAUGACCUGGAGGCUCGCCUCAAAAACCUCAAGGCUAACAGCCCCAACAGGAAAAUCUCCAGCACUGCUUUUGGAAGGCAGCUCCUUCACAACAGCAACUUGAGCAGUAGUAACGGCAGUACAGAAGACCUUUUCCGAGACAGCAUCGACUCCUGUGACAUCGACAUCAAUGAGAAGGUGAGUUCUCUGGAGAAGAAGGUGGCAGAACUUGAGAAUGAGAUUCUGAUGAACGGUGAUCUCAAGUCCAAGCUGAAGCAGGAGAACACACAACUAGUACACAGGGUUCAUGAACUGGAGGAGCAGCUGAAAGACCAGGAGACGCGUGCAGAACAAAAUCUGCAGGAGGGGCUAAGACGACACCGAGAGGCCUAUAGCAAGAUGGAGAGAGACAAGAACACACAGAUAGAGCUGCUGACCAACCGAGUUAAGCUGCUGGAGGAGGAGAACAAUGACAUUGCUCUUAACAUGUGCCGGCUCAAAUCACAGACAGAGAAACUGGAUGAGGAGAAGCAAAGGAUGACAGACAAGCUGGAGGACACCAGUUUGCGCCUAAAGGAUGAGAUGGACCUCUACAGGAAAAUGAUGGACAAACUGAGACAGAACAGACACCAGUUCCAGAAAGAAAAGGAAGCCAUGCAGGAGCUUAUAGAGGACCUGCGUCGAGAGCUGGAGCAUUUGCAGCUCUUCAAGCUGGAGACAGAGAGGCCUGGCCGCAGCCGCAGCUCUUCCUCCGGGCUGGCAGACUUCAACAGCAGGACCAGGGAGGUGGAGCUAGAGCACGAGGUCAAAAGGCUCAAGCAGCGAUUUGUGUCCCAGGACUUUCUUCCCCCUGAAUUCCAGCACCUGGUGUUGUCUGGGGCUCGGCUCCGUCCUGGUCUGAUGGAGAACCAGAAGCUGAGGGAGCAGAACGAUGAGCUUAACGGUCAGAUCCUCAGCCUCAGUCUACAUGAAGCUAAGACCCUGUUUGCCACACAGACCAAGGCCCAGUCUCUAGCUGCUGAGAUAGAUAAUGCCUCCAGAGACCAGUUAAUGGAAGCCCUGAAGGAGCAGGAAGAAAUCAACUUGCGUUUGCGACAGUACAUGGACAAGAUCAUCCUGUCCAUCCUGGACCACAACCCCUCCAUCCUGGAGAUCAAGAACUAGCAGUGACUCAACUGGAAUGAGAAUCGUUCCCGGUCUCGGGAGAAUGAGGAUCUUUCCAGUUGUUUGAACAGAACCUGCAACCCGAAUCAGGAAGUUGUACCAGAGCCAGUCUGAGAAACUCGAACAUAUAAAUAGACAGACACCGCCCCCUGCUGUUUUUGGCGGGAAAAGAACUUCUCUUGCAGAGAAGGUAGAAUGGGAUUCUGCGCUGAACUAAAGGGAGUGUUCUCAACCAGUAAUUGCUCUCUGACUGUAGGUCAUACUACUGUGACUCUUCAACUUGAUCUACCCUUGCUCUGUUCUUAUUUGCUGUCUAUGCUGUGAACUGUAAUUACUGUCACAACUUUGAACCGGUGACUUCUUCCCAGGAAUAUCCUGCACUCAACAUGCUUUGAGGAUCGACAAAGUCGCUUGAUGUAGUACACUGGACAUAAUGUACCUUGGCAUAAAAACUGGAACAAUGUAGCAAACCUUACGUGGGUUCUACUGUAUCCUGGUGUAACAUUAGCUGUAUUAUCCACAGAUAGAAAGUUUGGUAUAAUGUAGAGAGAAACAGUCGUGAGACAGACAAACAAGUUGGCAACCAGACUGUAAACCCAACUCUCAGAGGCAUAAAAGCAGACCAGUUUGGUGUUGCUUGAUCUAUUAACUGCCCAUCUUUUCUCCUCUGUCAUGUAGGUGUUCUCUGAAGAAUGCAUGUUGAUGAUGUAUUUGGACAGGCACGUUUUAAGAGAAGAUAGAGAAAUGUGGCAAAAGUGGUCAGAGAAAGAAAACAAUGAGAACCCCUGUAUAACUACAAGGGAAGCAGAAGAAAGAAAGAGUAAAGCAUCUCUUCGCAAAAGAGGUGGGGAGUCAGACAAUGGACCAUGUAUGCUAGCAAAGGAGGGUUUUAGUGAAGUCGUGAUGGCUAAUUGAAGGUGAAGAUUUUAGUUUUUUGUUUAUUCUUGAGAACAUGUCUUCCAGUAAUCUUGCAACAGCACUUGCAGUGUCAAUCAGUCCAAUAGUGAAUAUUUUUCACUGAGAAGUGGCCCUUAGUUGGUUCAGAUGAGCAGUAGAGUGUCACUUUAUGGAGCAGAAGCUGCAACCAAGGAGUGUCUUUAAACUGUAACUUCCAUGGCUGUUAUUUGCUAGCAUUGCAUGAGCUUGAAAAAGUACAUUGUUGCUAGCAAUAGACGCAAUGAUGUUGCACAGAAAUGUAAGGAUAUGAAUGUACAGGAUGUGUGGUGGAUUUACGUUGGAGUGACUGGUAGCCAUUGUAACAUGGUUUACUGAAUCAUCUCUUUAUGCUAAGUGAAAUCAACUCAGAUAUUGUACGUGAGCAUGCACAGGAGACUCACUUUUUGGUACAAAAGACUGGAUUAGCAAUCUCAUUGAAGCCUACAGGUUGUAUAUUGUUUUUAAAGCCCUCUGAAACUCUCUAAUACUGUAAAUAUCAUGAAUGUACAACUGGAUAUUUCACUUUGUGUGUGGCCAAAAAGGCCUUUUGACUUUAAAUCUCUGUAAUUGGUCAAGAUACGUUGUACUACAUAUGUACAGUAUUCAGUAUUGUAAUGAAGAGGGCAUUGUUUGGAGAGGGAAAAAUUACAAUCUGCUGUAUUAUGUAAUUAUUCUACACUUGAGUUUUGCUUCCUUGCACAAAAAAAAAACCCUUUUUGUUUCCUUUUGCAUGGUUCACCUUUUCUUCUGUCUGUGCCUUUUGAGGACAUUUUUCAAGAUGAUGUUGCUAUAGAUUUACAUAGUUUUUUGAAGCUACAUUCUGUCGGUCUGACAUAUUUUCUUGACUUGUAAAUGUUGUAAUUAUAUAGUGAUAAUUUGUAUUCAUGUGCCACUCAUCACUCUUUUUCAGAUUGAUACUAUGAUAACUUUUAUACAGUUUUAUCAAGGAAGAACCUGUGAUUGCUUAGGUGUCCUAUUAGAUAAGCGGCAUAGCACAAUGCUUUGUAUGGUACGCAGGCCAGGUUAGCAUUUUGGGACUAUUUUGUUAACGUAAUGAUUUUUUAAUGCAGUGGGGCAUGUUUUGUUGCGUUUCUCAAUUGUUAGUCACGGUUAGUCUGUUGCUUUUCAAUUUGCUUUAAACUGGCUUUUUAUAUGGUUGUAAACUGUCUUCCUAACUUAAACUAAAUGGUGAGCAUUAUUAGAAAUAUUAACUUAUUUACCAAUACCUGCUAAUUCGUGUCAUGGUCUACUUCACAAAUCUUUUCACUCUAUAUCUGCUCGUGCCAUUCUAGAUUAAAAAAAAAAAAUCAGUACAUUAAGCUGUAAAAUUUGUCACAAACUCAUUUCUUGUAGCUUUUAAAUUUUGAAUUGUUAGGGCUAUCCAAUGCAAUGUAGUCACUAUAAAAAGCAAUAAAAACGGCUUUGGCAGUGAUGCUGUCUCAUGAAAUUUAUCUAAUUUUAAACUACGUUUAUUUCUCCUCAUUUCCAUUUACAUGCUAUAAUUUCUAAAACAUGAAACCAUUUAUUCUAUGGCUACCAUGUACGCUGCUGAUGUCUACGCUGCCAUUGUGUUGUACAUACUGUGCUUUAAAUAAAAACAUUUGACCUGGCAUUAAAAUGA